CUAUUAUUUGGAUUAGUUAAUGCAUUGACGGCUAACUGCUCGUCAUCGUCACACCAUUUUCAACUAUUACAAAUUUAACAUCAAAAUGUUGAAAAUUAUUAUUUUUGUUUCGUUAUUUGUCGCCAAUACAUUAGUGUCCUCUGAGUACAUAUUCAAAGGAUUCGAUGAUAAAUUCAAACCAGAUUGGUGGCAAUCAAAUAUCAUCUACCAGAUUUACGUUCGUUCUUUUAAAGACAGUAAUGGUGAUGGAAUUGGAGAUUUCAAUGGUAUCACGGAAAAAGUGGAUUAUUUUAAAAGUAUAAAUGUUGGAGCAGUUUGGUUAUCUCCAAUAUUUCAAUCUCCUCAAGACGAUUUUGGGUAUGACGUCUCGAACUUUAAGAUGGUUGACUCAUUAUUCGGUACUAUGGCGGACUUUGACCGUAUGAGAGAUGCAUUCCACGAACGUGAUAUAAAAGUAAUAUUGGACUUUGUGCCGAACCACACGAGUGACGAACAUCCGUGGUUCGUAAAAUCUGUACAGCGAAAAGAACCUUAUACAAAUUACUACGUGUGGAAAGACCCAAUUAUCAGUGAAAAUGGUACCCGAUCACCUCCGAAUAACUGGUUGGGCGUUUUCAAUACCGGAUCUGCGUGGGAGUGGAACGAAGUACGUCAACAAUACUAUUUUCAUGCAUUCCAAGUAAAACAACCAGAUUUGAACUAUAGAUGUCCAAUGGUCGUAGAAGAAAUCAAGAACAUCAUAUUAUUUUGGCUGGGACGUGGUGUAGAUGGAUUCAGAUUCGACGCUGUCAAUUAUCUAUACGAAAGGGAAGAUUUAGCCGAUGAAGGAAAAUCGUAUAAAAUUGGCAUAUUAGACACCGAUUACGACGCGCUGGUGCACAAUCAUACACUAGAUCAACCAGAAACUUAUGAAAUGGUACGCGUUUGGAGAGAAUUGUUAGACGAUUAUUCAACAUCCGAAAAUAAAACCAACUUCUUUAUGGUAGAAUGUUACUCACCAUUGAACAAAACUAUGAUGUAUUACGGCAACGAAACAUCUCCCGGAGCUCAUUUCCCAUUCAACUUUCUGUUCAUCAAUUCGUUUGAUCAGCAAUCCGAUGCCUACGAAGUCAACAAUAUGAUUAAAUCCUGGAUGCUGAAUAUGCCUAAAAAUAAGUGGGCCAACUGGGUGAUCGGCAAUCACGACAAUUCGCGGGUAGCGUCUAGGACCAACCCGUUGUUAGUAGACGGCCUCCACAUGUUGCAAACCCUAUUGCCUGGAACUCCAAUCACGUACUACGCCGACGAGCUGGGUGUACAAGACACGUAUGUUCGAUGGAACCAGACCGUGGACCCGGCCGGACGUAACGUCGGUGUACUGCGGUACACGAAAUUCAGUCGGGAUCCCGCUAGAAGCCCGUUUCCCUGGGACAACUCUGAAAACGCAGGUUUCACCAACGGAACGAAAACGUGGCUUCCAGUCAACCCGGAAUAUUGGCACGAAAACUUGGUUCAGUUGUCCAAGUUUAAGAGUCAUCUUAGGACGUACAGGCAGUUGUCGCGCUUGAGACAAAUACCCACAAUCCUCAAAGGAGACUUGCACGUAUACGUACUGUCUCAAUGGGUGUUCGGUUUUUCGAGGAGUUUUUAUGAUCAUCCAACUUUCUUCAUCAUCAUUAACUUCGGUAGUGAAAUUGAAAAAGUUAAUAUAAAAGCAGCUAGAGAAACUUUACCAGAAACAUUAAAAGUCAAAAUUUCCAGUAUAAACUCAGGUUAUGUAACUGGCAAUGUGGUAAGUUCGAGAUACGUCAUUUUGAGACCGAAAGCAGCCCUUGUUCUCUCAACAGCAAAACCAAAUGAAGAUGACAUCGUUUCGUUUUCUGAAGACAAUUAAAAAUUACAGCUCAUUAAAUUAUUGAAGCAAGUAUUAAAGGUUUAAGUACAAAUUAAAAUAAAAUUGGUUUUGAAACUUUAA